AGCGCAGCGAGGGAGAACCCGUGUGCGCGAGCUUCACACAGUAAGACCUCCAAGGAGAAGAGCUCUCUAUUCACAGAGCGUGCCUAUCAUGUGAAUCUUUUGCCCACUUGUUCUCCAUCUCGGGCAGUUCUGCUUCAAGUGACUGCUUUCCUUCCAUCUGGGACGCUUUCCACGCUACGUCCUUUCGGAAAGAUGCGGCCGCUUAACGCAUCGCUGCGGCGGCAGAUCUGCGCUGCGACUCACAGCUCAUCUUGCGCUGCUCGCGCAACACUCGUCACGCGAGCAUGUAUCGGUGGCGCUUCUCACCCGCUGGCUCAGGGAAGGUCAAUCUCGACGGCACCAGCGAGAGGAGCUGUGGCCUCUACGCCGUCCAUUUCAUCGAAUAGGGCCGGUCCCUCGCCCAGCACCGCACGGAACCGAUUGCUGUCGCCACAGACGGCUGCGCGUGCUCUCUCCGCAGCUGCAGCCAGUGCAAACACCGGUUGUCCUUCUUCGUAUUCCCGCCUAAGAGACGGCAAUUCAUCCCAUUCAUCGCCGUUAAAGUGUUCAAAUCGAGCUCUGUCAUCUUCAGCUGCUUCAAGGUCUUCAGAAGCGGCCGGUGGCGCUCCAAUCCACUCGGCUUCGUUGAUAGAGAUCUCCAGUCUCAGUAAUGGCGUGCGCGUGGCCACAGAGGCGACGCCGGGGCAUUUUAGCGCUGCGGGCAUAUACAUCGAUGCUGGCAGCCGCUUCGAACGACCUUGGGUUGAUGGAGAGAGCGGUGUCAGUCAUCUGCUUGAUCGCAUGGCUUUCAAGUCGACAACCAAUCGGGCGUCGGAGAAAAUGAUUUCCGAGAUCGAGGCGCUGGGCGGAAAUGUGAUGUGCUCUUCAGCAAGAGAAACCAUCAUGUACCAGUCGUCAUUCUUCAACAAGGACUUCGAGUCCGUCCUCUCCAUCCUCGCGGACACAAUUGUCAACCCCUUGCUUGAAGAGGAGGAGCUGGUAAUGCAGAAGGAAGCGGCACGCUAUGAGAUCAGCGAGAUCACCCGCAAACCGGAGAUGAACCUGCCAGAGUUGAUCCAUACAAUAGCAUACCGCGACAACACGCUGGGCAACCCGUUGCUAUGUCCCAUCGAGAACUUAGACAAGAUGACGAGCAAGAAUCUGAAAGACUUUAUGCGCACCUGGUACACCCCCGAGCGCAUCGUUGUCGCCGGAGCAGGCAUGCCACACGAAGCGCUGGUUAGGGAGGCUGAAAAGCUGUUUGGUGGGAUGAAGCCGCGACCUUUGCUGGACGCUACCAGCUCAUCUACCACUCGGCCUAACAUGCCUUCCUCUGCUUCGUCCGCUAACUCGACCGCACGAAGCAGCAGCAUCUUUUCUUCCCCAAGUUCAAGCGGGUCUUCCGCUUCUGCCAGUUCCUAUGGUUCGGCCGACUUCUCGACCACCGCCGCCAGGUCUGCCACGCAUGCCGACGCGAUCGCGCUCAGCCCUGCCGAGAUCGGACAAGCCAAAGCGCGAUAUACUGGUGGUGAAGCGUACAUCGAGCAGGAGGAUUCCGAGUUCACGCACGUUUAUGUCGCAUUCGAGGGCGUCGGGAUCCACGACGAGGAUGUGUAUGCGCUGGCAACGUUGCAGGUGCUCCUCGGUGGCGGAGGCUCCUUCAGUGCGGGUGGACCGGGCAAGGGGAUGUACAGCCGGCUCUAUACCAAUGUCCUCAACCAGUACCAUGCCGUCGAUCACUGCAGUGCUUUCCACCACUGCUACAACGACUCGGGACUGUUUGGCAUCGCUGCUAGCGUCAAUCCAUCGUUCAAUGGCAGCAUCGGGCACGUGAUCGCGCGCGAGCUCAACCUCUGCACUGGCCCGAAUCGGUACGGCGGCGUGACCUUUCAAGAGCUUCUGCGCGCGCGAAACCAGCUAAAAAGCAGCUUGAUGAUGGCACUGGAGAGCCGGAUGGUCGAGGUGGAGGACUUGGGCCGACAGGUGCUGGUGCACGGUAAGAAGAUCAGUGUGGAGGAGAUGUGUGAAAAGAUAGACCAGGUGGAUCUGCAGACGCUUUACCGCGUCGCGUCGCGCGUAUUCAAAGGGGACAACGCCAUCGUGCGCAAGAGCCUCAAUUAUGGCCUCGGCUCUGGGCAGGCGACGGUCGUCUGCCAGGGCAAGCUGGAGAACCUGCAGGAUCUGAGGAUGCUGCUCUACCACCAGGGUCUCGGCGCUGAUCCCAGGCAACAAGCGUAAAGUCGCGCUCCUUCGCCCCUCCCACCGACAUGGUCAACCUCAUUAUUACUAGGCCGCCACUCGAUCUUGCCUCGCCCCCUCUCAGUUUCGUCGUCUUCGCAUUUGGCUGUAUUCGUAGUCGCUCACAGUAUGCUAUAAAGGCAUAGACCCUGC